AUGUCGAACUCAGUUUGUACACGUCUGAAUGAAAUUCAUAUUGAAUCGAUAUUACAUGAUCAUGAUACAUUCUUGUUUGAUUCUGAUGGUGUUCUCUGGUUUUCACCAAUUAUUCUUUCAGGUGCUAUUGAAUUACUCAAUUAUUUAACAAAAUUAUUCGAUCCUAUUCCACUCGAAGCAGAUUGGAUCGAAACAAACACAAUCGAAUUUGAUGAUAAUAUUAAUUGUGUCAUAUCUGCAUUUGAUAUUCAUGUCAACUAUCUGAAAAUAAUCAAAGCAGCUACUUAUCUUAGUCGACUCGCUAUGUUAUUCUUAACUACUACUGAUGAUGUCACAACUCCACAAAAUGAUGUAGCCAUCUUGCCUGGAGAAGAGACGAUUUUGGCUUCAAUUGUGGCAGCAUCAGGUCGUUCUCCAACGAUACUAGGAAAACCUCGAGCUUCAAUCUCGAUGUCGAAUGCAGAUACAUCUACACAACAGCAAUCAGCUAACGAAAAUAAAUCUGUUUUUACGGAAGCAGGUCGAUCAAAAAUAGCUUUGGAAGUUGGUCAAUGUGGCAUAGGCGCGUCAAACAACUCAGCAAAUGUUGAAAAUUCAUGUACAAAUUGUAAUACCGCAAAAUGUGACUACAACGAUCAUUAA